ACAUAUAACAUAUAUUAUGCGACCCUUUCAAUACUUCCAUUAUACCUAAUGCUAGUUUACAUUGUCUCUUGUUUGUAUCGAAUACAUUCUGUCAUUUCUUAAUUAACAGUGUGUGGGCAUCAAGCAACGUUUAUAUUUUCCUUGGACUCAUGUUAUUUUAUUUGUCAGAGAUAUUUUGCGUUCGUAUGUAAUAAAGGCGGAACGAGGAUUGUAUAUCUCUUGGAUGCUAAGAAAGGUCAUUAUUUCAGCUGAACGAUUAAAAUCUUAGAGGACAAUUGUAACAUGUAAUGGGUUUUUACUUGUCUUCUUGAUAUUUUUGCCGUAUUAUCCUUUUUGAAUAUGAUAAUCGAAUUGUAGAAAUGUUUAUAUCCCAGAUGAAUCAAACAUUACAUCAUCAAAUAAAGCUGCGUUUUGUUAAUGAUGUAUGCUUCCAGAGUAGAUGCGUGUCUCAUUAUGCUUAUGUAUAUUCACGGAGGCUAUGUUCUAAAGUGGAGAUACUAAUGAAUCGUAGCAGCAGUGCAUCAAGUAGGGAAAUAAUCUUCAAUAUUAGGGACAAGCGGCCACUACCUGGUAUACAGCAUAAGAUAUCAUCGAGGGAUAUUGAUAUGCCAGUAUCGGAUUUUCAUGUUAUGCCUCAUGGAAAAGGCACACCCUUUAAUUUGAAAUCUACUAUUGGAUCCCUUAAUGCCCGUUUCACCAGCUCCUUGAUGUCGGCAGCUUGUUCAGUAUCCCAUUUACGUACAUCUUUUGACAAGUUCAACUAUGCGCCUGUGCGUCAUUUCAGCACUCGCAAUAUAAGUGGUCGUUUAUUUUAUCGUCGACGUCCUAAGAUGGUUCCUCGUUACAAGCCUAAGAACCGUCGAUCGUGUUGGUUAGAGGGUUGUCCACAAAAGAAAGGUGUUUGUGUUACCAUCCGUGUAGUAACUCCUCGUAAACCUAAUUCUGGAUUGCGUAAGGUAGCUCGUGUAAGGCUGUCAACAGGGCGCACGGUGACGUGUCACGUACCUGGUGAGGGUCACAAUCUUCACACUCAUUCUGUUGUAUUAGUUCGUGGUGGUCGUUGUCAGGAUGUGAGUGGUUGUCACUAUAAAGUGGUUCGUAGUAAGUAUGACUUAUUACCUGUAAAGAAUCGUGCAUCAUCACGUUCUAAGUAUGGUGUUCGUUUAUCAGAUGCAGUUAUUGAGAAGCGACGUUUGCGUAAGAACCAGUUACAUGUAACUACUGAGUUAGAUCGUGAGUUAUUUAAUUCGUUAUAUUUAAACGACUGGAUAAACCACGAUGGCUCUCGUCGUCUAGAGCCUUUGGGGCCAGACGAUCCUUUGCCUGUUGACAUAUUCAGUUUCAACAGUCGUCUUCGCAAUAUAAUACACAACAGCAAGAGUUGAUGUAGCACCUUUAUAUCUACUGUGGUUCAUUGGCCACAUUACA